AUGUAUCUCCUGCUUAUCAGGAAAUCCAGUAGAGGAGACUUCGUGUUUUCUGCUGAUCGUCUGAUCAGACUCGUGGUUGAAGAGGGACUGAAUCAACUGCCCUACACAGAAUGUACUGUGACCACUCCAACAGGACACAAGUAUGAAGGAGUCCGAUUUGAGAAGGGAAACUGCGGGGUCAGCAUCAUGAGAAGUGGGGAGGCGAUGGAGCAGGGCCUGCGGGACUGCUGCCGCUCCAUCCGCAUCGGGAAAAUCCUGAUCCAGAGCGACGAGGAGACCCAGCGAGCCAAGGUGUACUACGCCAAGUUCCCCCCAGACAUCUACAGGAGGAAAGUGCUGCUCAUGUACCCGAUCCUCAGUACUGGGAACACGGUCAUCGAGGCUGUCAAGGUGCUCGUGGAACACGGGGUCCAGCCCAGCGUCAUCAUCCUGCUCAGCCUCUUCUCCACUCCUCACGGUGCCAAAUCCAUCAUCCAGGAAUUCCCAGACAUCACCAUUUUAACUACAGAAGUGCAUCCUGUUGCACCAACACACUUUGGACAGAAGUAUUUUGGGACAGACUGACAGUCUUGGAACAACUGGAUAUGACUCUAUGGCAUUACAAGAGGUUUUUUUACAUUUUAUUACUAUUGAGUUGGUUGAGGGCAUGUUUAAAAACCUUUUUGGCCAACUAACUUAGGUUAGUGCUGGCCUGAACAGGGAUCAGGUACAGUGACAAAGCACUCUGGUUACAUGGUCAAGCAUCUCCAUGUUGGGGCUCUAUAACUGCCACACUCUGCUUUUAUUCCUAUUUAUUCUUCUCCAGCCUGUCCGUGGCCACCUGCAAGAGCAAAAUAAACCCAACUAAACCCCAA